GCAGAAUCAGGCUUCCAGUUAGUCUAAAAGAGUGAAAAUGUGUUGACUUACCCAUUGCAAUGUUUAUGGUUGAUGUUACACAGCUACAGACACCAUAAUCAAUAUGAAGACAGUACUCCUGUUAAUCUCUCUCUGGGCUUUAUCCUGUGCUCAUCCUGUGCCCAGCCAUCAAAAUGCCCAUUCUGGAAGCUCCGAAGAACGGGGGGACACAAUAAGCGAAGAAAGUCUGAAUGAGGAGGCAGAUUCUGCUGACGAUACUUACAGCAGUCCUAAAAGCAGUGCAGAAACUGGAGGAGAGGACUUCAAUGCUGAUGAGCACGAUGACAUUGAUGAAGAAAACCACGACCCAGCUGUGGUUUCUAGCAGGAGCUCUGAAAGUUAUCCAGAUGAUAUUGAUGCCAGGAGCACUCAGGACUAUGAAGAGGAGGAUAGUUUCCGAAUUAAGCAGGCUCGGCAUAAGAAUUGGGCUGAUCACGAGGAUUCUGGUGACUUUGAUGAUGUGGAAGAAGUAGAUGAAAACAGCCAUGGUGAUCAAUCAACAGAGAAAAACUCUCAGGAGGAUGCAAACGAGAUUCCUGCUAUUGAUAGCAGUGACAAUGGAGAUAACCAUGUCAGGGGCAGCAGAGAAUCAGAAGACAAGGAUGACUUUGAAAAUGAUGGAUUUCUUCAUCAAUCCAACGGCUUUGACUCUAGCAAGGGGGACGAGGAAAGAUAUUCUCUGACAGAUGAGGAAGAUGACAGCGGAGAUGAUAUCUUUAAUGAAAAUAAUGAGGAAGAAGUUAAGGGGGCAGACCCUAGAUAUACUGUUCGUCCCACUGAAACAGAUGAGCAGAAUGCAGUUGUUGAUGGAGAUCGAGAUGGUGAGCAUAGAGAUACCGCUAUUGGGAAAAAAGAUAGCAGCAGUAGCAGCAGCAGCAGCAGCAGUAGCAGCAGCGAGAGCAGAGGCUUUGGUAAUGGGGAGGUUGCCAGUCGCGGCAGGCAUGUCCACAGGAAAGGAAAUCGAGGUGAGAGUGACAGUGACAGUGCCAGCAGUAGCCAAGAGGAGACAGGUGAUUUUGAUGAUGAAGGAAUGCAAGGCGAUGACCCAUCCAUCUUUGAGAGUGAGGGUGGCAAUUCCAACAUGGUUCAUGGUGCUGUUCAUUCCAAAGAGAGCAGCCAAGAAACCAGUAGGGAGCACCACUACGGCAAGCGGAAAAGCAGCAGUAAAUCACUGAAACAUUCACAGAGUCAUGUGUUCCAAACUGGUGAUGAUACUUCAGAAGAGGAUGAUAGUGCAGAGCACAAUGACAGCAAAUCCAAAGAGGACAGCAAGUCCCCAGAAGACAACAGUCGCUCCGAAGAACAUGUUGCCAGCCGCUCUAGAGAGGAUGUCACCAGCCAGUCAAAGGAAAAUGUCACCAGCCGCUCCAGGGAGGAUGUCUCCAGUCAAUCAAGUGAAGAGAGUCAGGAAUCCCAAGAAGAAAGUGAGGAAAACUCCAAAGACGUGGAUAGCACAUCCAAUGAACACAGCGGUAGCAAAUCUAAAGAAGGGCAGGAAGACAGAGACUCCCCUGAGGAUGACAGCAAGACAUCAGUAAGUGACAGUGAAUCCACAGAAGACACAAGGGAUGACAGUAAAUCAGAGGAGAAGAGUACAUCCACCGAGGACAGCUUGGAAUCAGAAGAAGAUAAGGACGGACCAUCUCACAGUAAAUCGGCUGAGAGCAGAAGUGCCUCAAAAGAGAGCAGUAGCAGUGAAGAGGGCAAUGCCAGUGAUUCGAAUGAAGAGGACAUCAGUUCUGAAGAACUGCGAGGCCAAGACAGCAAGUCUGCAGAAACUAAUGAUAGUGAAUCUAAAGAAGAGGAAGAUAGUGAAUCCAGAGAGCGCAGUGCAAGCCAAUCAGCCAGCCAGGAAGAUGACAGUAUAUCAAGGAGCAUGGAAAUUGAAAGCAGAAAGCUAGUGCUUGAUGUUUAUCACAACAAACCCAUUGGUGAUUAUGAUGACAAUGACUGCCAGGAUGGGUAUUAAA